AUGGACAAUGAUCACGGCCCAACUCACUCUGAUAAUCACAACACCUUUGAACCUUACUCACUGACAGAAUUUAUAGGUGACUACUUUGGUACCUACAAUGAAGAAGAUUUCGAGUGGCCAGAGGUCCGUCGAGUCAUGGAGUCUGACUCUGAAAUUCAGGAAGAGGAUGAGGAUGAGGACUGUGAUGAACUUGGAGAUGGAGAUGCCAUAGCUGCUCAUGAUGCAGAGCUUGAGCAUAGAUGGGAAUGCCCUGUGGACCCUGCAUCACAGGACAUCGAUUUUCCUGACUUGGAGGAUGUAUCUCUGCAACCACAGCCAUGUCAUGCGGAACAACGACAAGCAGAAGCACCCCUUGGCCAACACCCCACUAUCAAGGAGUUCCCACAGCAUGGUGCAGGAGCUCCAUUGCAUUGUGCCGGCACUACAGCCUUCACCUCCUAUAAAGAUAAACUGUCUGGCUCGGAAAAUAUUUGGGCUCCCUUCACAUCUCCUGUAGAUUAUGAGGUCAUGAAGUGGGCAAAGCUUCGUGGUGCCGGGUCAACAGCUUUUUCAGAACUGCUGGCAAUUGAUGGCUAA